CCCCGGCCUAUAUAUAUGGCAGGCUCUUGCUACCCUUCUCUUCAACAAUACGUACCGAGAGCUAGCUAGAGAUCGAGCUAGCACUAUAGCAGCAGCAGUAUGGCCGUUCCAUCUCUUCUCCUCUGCCUGCUGCUCCUUGUUUCGCCCCAUCUUGGUUGCUCCUACCACACCAGCUACACCCGUGACGGCAGGCACCACGUUCUCCGUUCCAACCGAGACCCACGGCGGCGACCGAAACCGACCUGUUCCUCCGCACAUUCUGCACAUUCCGCAGUGCCAGUGGUGCACCGGCUGAGCCCAUGCUCCCCUCUCGCCGGAGCCGCACGGAACCAGCAGCCGGAAAGGCGAUCCGUGGCCGACGUCCUCCACCGCGACGCGCUCCGCCUCCGCUCCCUGCUGCACAGGGAGGAAGACAACCACCGCACCCCUGCACCCGCAGCACCUCCUGGAGGAGGGGUCUCGAUCCCCAGCAGAGGCGAACCCAUCGAGGAGCUGCCCGGUGCGUUCGAGUACCACGUCGUCGCUGGCUUCGGCACUCCGAUGCAGAAGCUCCCCGUGGGAUUCGACACGACCACCACCGGUGCCACGCUGCUACAGUGCACGCCGUGCGGCUCCGGCGCCGACCACGCCUUCGACCCAUCCGCGUCGUCCUCUGUCUCUCAAGUCCCCUGCGGCUCGCCGGACUGCCCGUUCCACGGCUGCUCCGGACGACCCAGCUGCACCCUCAGCGUCUCCUUCAACAACACGUUGCUGGGCAACGCGACGUUCUUCACCGACACGCUGACCCUGACGCCGUCGUCGUCGGCCACGGUGGACAAGUUCAGGUUCGCGUGUCUCGAGGGCAUCGCGCCGGGCCCGGCCGAGGAUGGCUCUGCUGGCAUCCUCGACCUCAGCCGGAACAGCCACUCCCUGCCGUCCCGCCUCGUCGCCUCCUCUCCGCCGCACGCGGUCGCCUUCUCCUACUGCCUGCCGGCCUCCACGGCCGAUGUAGGCUUCCUCUCGCUCGGCGCCACCAAGCCGGAACUCUUGGGACGCAAGGUGAGCUACACCCCACUGAGGGGAAGCCCCAGCAACGGGAACCUGUACGUCGUGGAUCUCGUCGGGCUGGGCCUCGGCGGCCCGGACCUCCCGAUCCCGCCCGCCGCCAUCGCCGGAGACGACACCAUCCUCGAGCUGCACACGACGUUCACCUACCUCAAGCCCCAGGUGUACAAGGUCCUCCGCGACAGCUUCCGCAAGUCCAUGUCGGAGUACCCUGCCGCGCCGCCGCUCGGAAGCCUGGACACGUGCUACAACUUCACCGGGUUGGACGCUUUCUCCGUGCCGGCCGUGACGCUCAAGUUCGCCGGCGGGGCAGACGUCGACCUCUGGAUGGAUGAAAUGAUGUACUUCACCGACCCCGAUAACCACUUCUCCAUUGGGUGCCUCGCGUUUGUAGCGCAGGAUGAUGAUUGUGAUGGCGGCACCGUGAUUGGGAGCAUGGCGCAGAUGUCGACGGAGGUGGUGUACGACGUGCGCGGAGGGAAGGUUGGGUUCGUCCCAUACCGCUGCUGAUUGCACUGACUGCUCAUCCACCCGCAUAUAUAUAUAUGCACGCCAGCUGCACGCAUGCAGGGUGAAGAGCAAGCAUGCCAUGGGUGUGUGACAACUUUUAUCUAUGUAAUAAUAAGACUCAGGAGUCGCGCGGCAAGCAGCAGCCACAGCGCUCAAAAGCUAUAGUUCGAUGCGAUGCCUAUGUCUUUGUCAUG